AAAAAUUGUUGCCUGUAUACAUUAUGACCUAGGAUGUCUUGAGCAGUUGCUACCUCACAUGGAAGAAUUAAGAAGACAAUGUGGUCUUGAAUUGAUUGCAUCAACAUGUCUAAGUUGUUCCUUUUGUUCUGAAAAAGUUAGCUCAGAUAUUCCUAAGCUAAGUGCUGAGAAAGCAACAGAAGCUCUUUGGAACUGUAUUUGCUUUCAUGUGGAAAGUUACGUUAGUAUUCACUUGCAGUCUGUUCUGAUGGAAGACAGUGGUUACAGUGAUUUAUUAAAUAAAGCUGUUUUUAGAUACUAUUUAAAGAUAAUUUGUUCUGUUCUAGAUGCUACUUCAGUUUGGGAUUUUCACAGGAGAAUACGCAGGAAGCAACUAAAAUUUUUUAGAUGUCCUUGCAUAGAAGCUUCUGAGGUGCUCUCUUGUUGCUUAUUUUGCUUACUGUCCUUCUGUCUGCACUGUAUUGUAGAAGACCUAGAGAUGGUAUGCAUAGGUUGCUUUCAACCUCUUGUGGUAACCUGGACUGAAGUCCAGAAAAAUUACACUGAAUGCAUCACAGAUCAUGUCUCAAGUGUUCUGAGAGUGCUAGAUGGGUUGAGGCAAGAACAGAAAACCUGGCCUGAUGUACUGAAAUUAAUUUUUUGUUUAAAAGAGAAAAAACAGUGUUUCAUGAACCAUAGCCAAGAACAACAGUAUGAUUUUGCCAUUUCAGAAGAAGAAGAUUCGAGAGCAUUGAUAUAUGAGGAAAAAGAUACAUUUGUUGACGUAGAAGAAGAACAGGACAGACUGUCUGUUGAGGUUCACCCUGGGUCUGGUAAAUCUCGAUCAGACAAAUGGAGUGGUAAAAGCUUUAAAAGCAGAAAAAGUAAAGAAUCACUGGUAUCAAAAGAUUCUUUAAUUGUCAUUAUGAACAACACUUAUCUUGAUACAAGAAAAAAAACUUCUUUAACAGCAGAGAGAAAUAGUAGUGGGAAAAGCUGGACAACAAAAUUUAAUGAGAAGCAAGAGAAAGGACAUAUGGCAAUUUUUCAGCUCACAGACAUUAUCUUGAAUAUGGUCGAAGCAUUUCUAAAGUUUGAGGAACAAAUUAAUUUACUUUGCACAGGAGGUCCUGUGUGUGAUGAUUCUGACUUUGCUGCUCAAAGUAUUUGCUUCCAACUCUUAGGAGGUGUAAGCAGUUCAUUUCCAGAUGAAAGCCCUCAACAGUCACCCUUUCACCAAACCAAGACUGCUUCCUAUGGCAGUGAAAACUGUGCCACUUUGUCGUGGGAUUGGAGGUCAUGCCUAGUGGAAAAUAGAUAUCUUAACGUAUUACAGCGUACACUGCAACAUUCUGUCCAAGAAAUAGUUCAGGAAGAAAUUCAUUUGGAAUGGGAAAGGUUUAGCAGGGGUGAAGAACUCCCAAAGAGACAGGUAUACAUGAAUGCAUCAGAAAGAAUUAAAGACAGAAAAGCAGUGCUUCGUAGUGUAUCAAACUUAGUAAAAGAACUAAGUAAAUACAUACAAGCAGUAGCAGCAGCCCAAGGAGCAUUCAUUCCUUUCCGUGCUUCCUUUGCUCAUACAAUUCACAGCUACACAUCUGAUAUCCUACACCACGUGGAACAAAUAAGCGUACGAGUUCCUCACAAAACAUCUGUGACUACCUUAUAUAUGCUUCUGAAUACAGCAUUAUAUUUGGAAUUCAAUCUUAAAAAUUGGAGCAAUGUCUUAAGUGAAGGAAAUAAUAACAGGAUAGAUUUCUCUGUAGAAGAAGUUUUAAAUAAGACUGCUGAGCUGGUGACUGUCUUACAUGAUCAAAUUGUUCAGUACCAUAUCAAGUUACUAAGAUGUGGAAUUCUUCAAGAUGUUGACAGUCAUAACUGGCAUGACUUGAAGCCAUUCUUUGAGGGAGAAAGAGUUUCCUUUACUGUACAGAUGUGGAACUUUUAUAUGAGAGGACUCGUUCAUGAUCUAUGGAAGUUUUUGGCAGCUAGCAGAAGUCAGGUGAUCCUUGGAACUAUACUUGCUGAGACGUUAAAACAGUUCAGUAUUCAGUAUGUAAAUGCUUUGCCCAGUGAUGUAAGAACAGCACAGAUGAAGGCUGACAUCACUACAAUUUUGUUAAGUGUUAGCCAUAUUCUAAGCUCAGUCUGCUCUAAGGAAUCAGAAAUGUUUGGAAGAAUUUCUUGUUUUCAGAGUUCCCAUACACCACAGUAUGUGACUUUAAUCCACAGCCAAUGUUCUAGGCUUCUACUAAUCUUGGCCAUUGUCACCUCCCCUUUGCACUCACUUUACAAGGUUUUCAAGAAAGGGUUUCCCAUGCAAACCUCCUCAGAGCAAUUCAAGGAACCAGUGGUCAACCCUUGGCUAACAUGGUUGUGUCCAACACUUUUCAGUAAUGACUGCCAGAGUCCAUUGAUGUCCAGUGUAUCAGUUUGGCUUUACGUUAAAUUAUGUGUAUGUCAGCCAGUACCCAAUUCCGACCUCAUUUGCAAGGUUUUUUCUGUACAUGAAUGCACCUUGUCCACCUUACUAGUCAUACAAUCAGCUCAUUGUAGUGAAAAAGAAAAAACAAAACUUCUCAAGAACAUCUUUCUUGUUCUGCGAUGCUGUGAUCAUGCCCCAGAUAGUCUGGGUGGUGUCUUCUGGUCAGUUAUUCAGAGGUAUAAAGGAUGGAUGGAGUUUGACAAGUCAAGAUUCACAGCUCAACUAUCAGAGAGACCUUGGUGGUACCACGCCUUUCAGGAAAUAUUAUUUCCGUUUUAUAAAAGGAUGCUGCGAUGUGUACUCCCAGACAAACUGAUUAGCCUGUCCGUCAACAAAUCAUCCCGACAUUCAGCAUGGUUAGACUUAAAGCAAGAUCUUCUCGAUACAUUUACCUGUACUUGUCAGCCUCACCUUGCUGAAACACCACCUGAUAACAUAAACAUCUUGGCUGUUGCUUGUCUUUCCCUCUUGUCCAGUGUGGUUGACUUGAUACCAUUUCUGCCUCAACCAUUCCUUGUCUGUAUGACAUUGCUGGAUCUUUGGCUUCCUGGAUCUGAAAUGCCACCAGUUCCACUCUAUGGUUGUGUGGGUUUACAGGUGCUCGUUAGUGGUCUGUGUGGAGUUUUGAAGAAUCCAGAGUUUUUCUAUGAAGUAUUUGAAACAAAUGUGGAGACUCCAGCACAAAAAUUAUGUAUUCAACUUGCAGAAACUCUAGAAAAGCUUGUGGCACCAACAUUUAUUACUUCUGAACUUCUUAUUCCCCAGAAUUAUACUGAUAAGGCACGGGAACAACUUAUGUGUAUCAAGAAACUCUUUGAACCAAAAAGUGAAUCACAGAGAGAUACCCAAAAAGAUGCUGAAGAGGACUGGUACCAAGAAGCAGAAGAAAUCAGGAUCCAUUUUAUGACAUCUCAACUUCUACAAGAUCCUAAAGGUCCAGAGGCAGUGACCUACCUGUUUGACCUUCUUCAAACUAAUUUAAAAUGGAUCAGAAAAAGUCUUGGGAUUUCUUCCAUUCUUUCAACCAAUGAUGUGUUUAACAGAAUCACACCUUCACCACUUUCUUGCUCAGAGAGAAAUUCCACAGAUAGGUCAACUAAAUCAUCAUUUACGAAAAAUAAAGAAGCCUUACAAAAUACACAAAACUCCACGACUGAUGCUAAAUCUGCUAGAAAGAAGAAAUUGUCAGAGUCUGAAAGCUUAGUGGAAGGUUCUUCAGGCACUCGACGGUCAUCUUGGGAAGAUUUCAAACAGGAACAUCUGAACACUAUGUUGUCUCACAUCUCUGAAGAAGAAGAAGAGGAUGUGAAAGAUGAUGUGACUCUUUCAUGGGAAGGAAAAACUGAUGAACCUUUUAACCCGAUGAAGGAGUACCAGCUAAUUGGAGAUAGUGAUUUUGACCAGAAAGCCCUAGCUGACUUUCCUUUCCGAUGGAAUGGUCUUUUGCACCAGACACCACAAUUAGGCUUGACAAAUAUUUCUUUCACUAACUUACUUUCUCAUCGAUGGGAUAUCAGAGGAGUGGCACCUGUGGCUAGCAGUCAAGAAAAAUAUGUUCAAGUUCUGAAGACUAUGUAUGACAUAAAUAAUGUCCAGUCUAAUCAAAAUGUAAUGUGAUCUCUCUGUGAACCACACAUUUAACUAGCAGUUUCCUCUUUUACAAGUAAUCUCCCAUAAAAUAAUUUUAACUUCUGAAAUUUUCAGUUAUUUAGAUUAAGUCUUAUUUAUUUAUCUAGUUGUUUUACUAAAAUUUAUUAGU